AUGGAGCGGGCGCAGCUGGGACCAGCUGGAUCCAGCAAAUUGCUAAAUCCCAGACCGUCGCUUCGACGCGUGCGGAGGCAGAUAUUUAAGCCCAGACAAGAUGCUGGAGAACACUCUACCACAACCAGGAGGGAAGGCAGCAUGUUGGAACCCAAGCAGGGUGCGAAAGACCGGACUGGUCACAAGAGUCAGAUGCACUCCCAGGCUGCCUCCGAUUCGGUGCGGAAUGCAAGCACGAAAACCUCUAGCACGGUCGAGGAUGACGCAGAAGACUUGCUUGCCUGCAAUCUCUCAAGGAUGGCCCCCUUCACAUUUCCAUCUAUGAUGCUACCUGCCGAUGCUGAGUUUAGCAUUGCCGACGUCGAGAAGGCAGUCGACGUCCUCACCACCAUAUCUAACCUUUGCGACGCCAUCUCUGGACAACCUAGGGCCGAGACGCGAGCCAAGUUGUACGACCAGCUUGCCAAACUGCCCGAUCUCUUGACCCGCCAGGGCCGGGACAAGCAGCCCAAGAUGGCAGCGCGUUUCCGGGAGUUUGUAUACCGUCACCCCGAUUCUGGGAGGUGGGGGCCGAUUGAGAGCUUUGAUAAGUUGGGCGAUGAUAUCAUGGUAUUGACGCUGUUUCGGGCGCGAUCUAGGGCCUCACCGAAGCAGAGACACCCGGGUGUAUUUGAAGUAUGA